AUGGAUUCCUUUGCCAUGGCCUUGAUUCUGUUCCUCAUUGGUGUUCUUAUCGGAGCUUGUCAAUCAUCUACCUGUCAUGCGCAGUGUGACUACGACCACGUGACUGCCAGGGCUGACUGCUCCUCCCUAAAUCUGAGCUGUAUCCCCGUCAACUACCCAGACUCCCUCAUCAUGGAUCUCAGCCACAACGACAUAUCGAUGCUGGAACCAGACGACUUCAGCGGGACGUUCACAAGAUUGGUUGAGCUGUACCUUGACUACAACGACAUAUCUGAUGUGACGUCACUGUUGGAGUCAACCGGGUUGGGAAGCCUGCAGAAACUCUCGUUGGAACACAACGUCAUUUCAGCAUUGCAGACUUCAUGUAGCCUCAGCUCCCUCAUCAAUAUCUCAGUCGACUAUAACUCAUUAGAAAAUCAGAUUUACAUACCGAGCUGCGGAGCAUUGGAAUAUUUUUCGGCAAAUUUUAACUCACUCGAUGGUAUUUACAUUGAGCCAAAUUUACCCCCUAUUAUUAGCUUGCGAUACAAUCAAAUAUCUUCCUUUACCUUACGAAAACCCAAAAGUUUCCACAUUUCGAACUACACACUCCUAUUAGAUUACAAUAAUAUCAAUUAUUUUAAGAGUGAAGGCGGCAGGGUUGAUGUUUUGUCCCUCAGUCACAAUACGCUAAACACAUUGUCACUGUCGGUUCCAUUUGAACUUAAUAUCGCAAGCAAUGGAUUAAACAACUUCAAAAAUUCAUUCAAUUUACUACGUAGCGGGAAUACGUUUAUGAAGAAACUUUAUAUCAAGAACAACUCGUUCGAUUCCCUGGUACAACCAGAUUGGGCAGAAGGUCUUCAGAUCUUAUACGCUGAUGAUAACAUGCUGGCCAACCUGUCCCCUACAACCCUGCAAGGAUUCAUCAACCUGACGGAGCUCCAUCUAGCAAAUAAUCGACUCGUGUUCAUCUCAUCAACAGCUCUGAGUCAACUCACUAUGCUACGGUCUCUGUAUCUGGAUAGCAACACCCUGACGUCAUUGUUAGGUGGAACAUUCCUCCACCAGGCUGAACUGGUGGAGCUUUCCAUGACAAACAACCAACUCUCCGUGUUACAUCAGGACUACUUUCUCGGUCUAGGCUCACUUGAACGUCUGCAUCUCGCCGGGAAUCGACUGGUUUAUGUUCACACAGAGAUGCUUCGGCAGAUGCCUGGCCUUACCAAUAUGGACUUCUCGAACAACACAAUUGAUGUCUUUGAUAUCACAAAUUGUAGCCUCCUCAGCAACUUACAGAACAUCCUGCUAGCUCAUAAUUCCAUUCAUGACAUCAGUUACAUACUUGGUCAUUGUGAUAACUUGGUAGUCCUGGACUUGAUUUUCAAUCAGAUCCAAGUGGUUCCCGGUGACUCUCUGACUGGGAGAAAUAGAGCACUAUCCAGACUUGAGCUUGAAGGCAACCCGCUCCAGUGUGACUGCCGGUUGACGGGACUACGUUACUGGCUUCGCAACAAUCUCCCGUCUGUUCUCCCACGAUGUCAAGGUCCACCGCAGAACUAUGGAGCAGUGGUUACAGACUUGGACAUACAAUCCUGCGAACCUCCGAAAGCCGUGACCAACAUGAGCCAUCGUUACGUGAUAGUCGGUCAGACAGCAACUCUCUCAUGCACAGCGACUGGUAUACCCAUUCCAAACAUAACAUGGCUGAACCCCAACGGUACGGUGAUACCAGAAACAUGGCAGGACAGAUUUUUCAUAUUAAGAGACGUGAGUUUACUUAUCAUUUCAGUUGAGCUAUCUGAUCGAGGAAUGUACACGUGUUUGGUCCAAAAUAUACUGGGUGAAAUUGACAAAGCUGUGGUCAAUCUGACUGUUACGGAAGAACUGAAAGCAACACCCACUGUGACCGAAGAACUGAAAUCAACGCACACUGGCGUCUCUUUGGCUGCGACUGUCCUCCCCACCAUGUUUAUCACCCUUAUUGCCACACUCGCUGUCGUCGCCUUGGUGAUCUGUCUCCGUCGUCGUUAUAAGAAGAAAGAUCAUGCCACCUCGGCAGCGGAAGGGGUCAGGGAUGGUUCAAGGCUAACCGUCGGAUUCCGUAAAACUGUAUCUACCAGAUCAGACGAAGGCUACGUCAACGAUACCGUCGAGGGCGAGUAUAUCCAACCAACCUGUAAGGAGGACACUGGGGAGGAAUACGAGGUACCAUCUACGGCAGCUGGACAUCCUUCUGGAAGAUAUCAGAGGCACCGUAUGGUCAUCCCAUGCGCAGAGAUGGACGAUGCCGACGUCUACGAACCAGUCAACAUCGGUGGCGAAACAUAAGAAGUUGACAAACCUACAGUUUUCGAGCUUUGAAGGAAAAACCAAAACAAUAA